UCCAUGCCAAGCAUGGCUGUCGACCAGCUGUAUGACAAUUGGAUGGCAGUUAUCCCUAUGAUUAUUGAGCCAUAUCUCCAAUAUAUGGCAGAAACUGUCAGAAAGCCACUUAUAACCUAUGAUAAACCACUCUCUGGUUGUCAGGCAGGAUGUGAACUCAAGCAUUCUUCCCUACUCUGUUUAUACUUUGACCAU